GACCACCCUCUAUAAAGACGGGUGCCGCAUCCAUCGAGGGUUACCAGGCAGGACGGCGUACCUGGAAGGGCAUUUUGUGGACAGGAAUCGCCCAGGUUAUUUUGGGAUGUUUGAUGGCCAUUUUGGGUGGUGUUACAAUUGCGGCCGUUGAUUACGGAUUGAGGCAAAACGUUGGUACUCCAAUUUGGUGUGGCCUCCCGUUGAUCGCUUUUGCUGGAUUCUUUGGCAUCAUGUCUGGAUGUAAGAAAAGUCAUGGCAUUGCUAUUGCCUACUUGGUAAUGUCCAUCCUAGCCUGCUUGGGAGACAUCAGCGUGUUGGGCUUAAGCGUAACUGCAAUAGUAGUGCAGAUUGCAAUCUGUGACGAGACCGACAGCGAUUUUUCGGCAGCCGACUGUAGCAAAACGGGUGGCGGUGUGGGCACGGGUGUUUAUGCAACGCUGGUCAUUCUUGCCCUUCUGGAGUUUUUUGUCUCAAUCUUUGGUGCUAGUUUGACAUGUACACCUGUCUGCUACACCGAACCAGCUAAGAAUACUUCGAUGAAAUAUGAAUCCGAACAACGUCUGGUGGUUUCUGGCCAUCCCCAGAACGUGGCUGCCCACAGUACUCAUGCCGCUACUGGCCAGGCCCAAUCUGCCUCCUCAGCCCAGCAAGGUCAGUUGCCUCAAACUCGAGCGCCACCAACCGGCGAGCAGCAGUAUCAGGAACUCAUUAGAUAGGCCAAAUUUAAGCUAUCCUCUGAAGGGUGCACAGCGGUAAAUAGGCCUCAAUCCAUCCGCCGAGCUCAUUUCAAAAUACUCUAAAUUAGAGACUUCUGAAUUAGUGAAUUUAAAAGAUAUGGUAAUGAACCUCUGGCCCGGAAUUGGGGUUUCCAAUUCUGAGCAUUCUGGAUGCUAUUGGGGUCGAGUGUGGUUCUAUUUUGCCAUGCUGUGGAGGGAUCAUUUUUCCGCUUUGGGGAAAAUAGAAGUCGUCUUCUUUGGGUGAGAAUAUCUGGAAAAGUCAGUGGUCAACCCACCAAAAAAAAUGAAAAGAAGAUGAAAGAUGACUUGUUCACCAUAGUUUUUCUGUGCAGCUUAAAUACCUGUGAGAGUUCUGAGUAUUUGCAAAAGAUUUUAAAGUAUGAGCAUUUAGCACUAUAGUCUAAGAACUUGCAGGGGCCAUUCCCUUCACAUGGGCAAGCAUAUUCUGUUUAGUGAACACCAAUACCAGAAAGAUGUUUCCGUUUUACCGGUGCCAAAUUUGAAUCGGGCUGGAACUUUAAAACCUUGAGCCCAAGUUAUAAACCAAUCUCAACACGAUUUCACUCUACAUUCAUCAUGGUGACGGCUCCGCCGUCAAUACUAACUGUCCAAUGACGGAUUAUCUGAGCAAAAAAGUUGGCACGAUGUUUCCGCCACUGAAGGGGCCUCCACUACCGACUGGUCCAAAACACCAAACUUGGCAGAUAGUUUCUUACAGCCCUAGAGAAGAUAUUUAGAAGGGGUGACACCUGAAAUU